CCAGGCACGUGCAAACGACGAAUGGGUUGCGAUAGCGGACGACCAGAAGAGUUGGGUCGAGGGAGGCCGUUGUCACGCAGGUGAUGGCGGAUUCAGUGUCAUCUGCCAUUAUCUGGGAUGCACCAUUCCUCAUGGCUAAUGCCAUCUUCGCAGGAGUGCUGCCGAGGGACACGCCAAGGUGGUGGGUCAGGAGGAGGACAGGGGGCAAUUGGCAUGAUCUCAUCAUCGACGAUGAUGCAACUGAAGACUACUAUCAUGAGAAAUUGAGGAUGACGAGAUGCGCCUUCCACGAGAUCAUCGCAGCGUGUGCACCCUUUCUUCAACGUCGGCUCACCCACUACCGCAGUCCUUUGCUUCCUAAGCAGUUGGUCGCGUUUGCUCCUUACAGGUGGUUGUCUAGUGAGACCUUCGACCGUGCAACCUCAUCCUUCGGCAUGGGUAGGUCGUAUAGGAUCAAAGCUGUGAGGGAUGUCAUGAAUGCCAUCUUGUCGGCGUACCCUGACAAGAUAUGCAUGCCAACCGGUCGGUGGUUGCUCCAAGUUACUCGCGCGUUCAGAGCGAAAGACUUCCCCAACUGCUACAACUGCAUGGAUUGCACCCACGCUGUCCACGACACGAGGGUGUUGUGGAACUCAUCGUUCCGCAGGCGUGUGGAGGCAGGCACGUUGUUCACGACAGAUAUUGUGACCCUGCCUGGCGGGGCGCGGACAACGGGCUACGUGCUUGGGGACAAUGGGUAUGGCCCCUUGCCAAGGUUGGUGGUGCCUUACGGCGGAGUAAUGCAGCCUUAUGACGAGGCGUAUUUCGACACGUGCCACAAGACCGCAAGGAACGUCGUUGAGAGAGCGUUUGGGCGGUUGAAGGGCAUGUGGCGUUUGUUCCUCAGGCACCACAAAACGAACAUGGACAACAUGCCCCAGCAAUUCACCGCAGUUUGCAUCAUCCACAACCUGCUCAUUGAGGCAAGUAUCGACUUCGACCAGCGGUUGCUCAUAGAAAGAGAUGCGAACGGGAAUGACCAGCCGAUCGAUCUGGGCAUGCAUGAACCACCGGCCCUGGUGUCGCAAGCGGAUGCGAGCGAAGCGACGCUGGACUUGCGUGCGACACUAACUCGCCGCAUGCAGCUCUUACAAUAGUUCAUAUGGCCAAUCGCUUAUCCGGCGUUGUCUCGCGGGUGUGGACACGUGUCACCGCGCUUAGGGUUAUAGGGUCAUUGUCGGCGGCGUACUAAUCGGUAGGGUUGGCCAUUUCAACGUAGCGCUCGGCACAUGACAGGGGGUUGAACGGGGUCCGUUAGUGCGGGUGAAUUUGGUUGUUCGUUUAUAUGUUAUGUAGGAGGUGCAAGUCAAUCCUUUCGUCUAUCGGCGAAGGCAAUCAAUGCUUGCACAUGAA